ACAAGAAUCUGAAUCCAAUCCAAGAGAUUUGGAGUUGAAGAUUAUGAAGAACAUCAAGUGCGAGCUUUGCGAUUGUAGAGCUAACGCGUAUUGUGAAUCGGAUGAAGCCAGUUUGUGUUGGAGCUGCGAUUCUAAAGUUCAUUCAGCUAAUUUCAUUGUUGAAAAGCAUUCAAGGAUUUUGCUUUGCCAAAUUUGCCAAUCUCCCACUCCUUGGACUGCCACCGGCCCCAAGCUUGGCCCUACUCUUUCUCUUUGUCAGUUUUGUGUUGUUCCUCAAAAUGUUGCUUCUUUACAGUUUCAUCAUCAGGAUCAUCUCCAUUCUGGUUCCUCUACCACCAGGGAUUUUGAUCAUCGUCAUCAUCAUAGUGGGGAUGAUGAAGAGAAUCAAGUGGUUCCACUGUCGCCACCACCUCCAGUUUCGAGCUAGUUCUUUCUCCUCUCCAUUGUUUCUUCUUCUUUAUCGUUUACAUCUCUUCAGUAAUAACAUUG